AUGGCUAUCGGUUCCUCUAUCUCAAAGUUUGGUCUCUGGGGCCUUCGAUUCUUCCAGUUCGCCUUUGCCGUCAUCCUCACUGGCAUCUUUGCUUGGUUCCAUCACCAAAUCAAGAAGGCUAGAUACACCAGUAUCAAUGCUGUCGAUGUUCCUCUUGGCUUCUCGGCUGCCGCUAUCGUUUUUACCACCUUCUCGAUUAUCACUAUCUGUUGUCUCAAAGGUGCCCUUCAGAUUGUGAGCGCUAUCGCCGACUUUGCUCUCUUCGUCGGAUAUAUCGCCUCUACUAUUCUGUUCCGUCACAAUUACCACAUUCGAUGCUCUAGAAACCCGUUGGCCGUUUUCUUGAUCUACACUAGAGAGAGUAGUGACAGGUUCUCCACUAGCGGAGAGUUCAGGAACUGCAACUUGAUCCGAUUAGCUGCCGCUUUAUUGAUCAUUCAAAUUAUCUUUUUCUUCCUGACAAUGAUUAUCUCGUUCUUUUUGGCUCGCAAGCGUGACGUUGCUGGCGAACCAGUUGUUGUCGGUGAGAAACGACGGUUUGGACGUCGAGGCCACGUUGCCGCUGUUUAG